UUCUCUGGCGCAACUAUCCCUCUGUCUGUCUGACUGUUUGUGUGUCUGUGAGCUGAGGGCAUAAUUCUGCUUCCGUAACCUAUCACCCAGAUCUGUCGUUGUGCAGUCUCAGUGCAGAGUGCAGACGGAGUUCUAUCGCUGUUGCCAGCUGUCGCGCUCGGCAUUGCUCCACGACACGCACACACGUAGCCACAUCCGUACGGCGUGCAUCCAACCAUCCAUUCCAUAUCCAACUCCCCUUUCACUGGCAGACAGCAAGGCAGACCCGGUGGAGACGUCUACUUUAGUCAUUCUCCUAACGGGACACAACCGCUCUAACGGGAGAAGGACCGUACAGUGUAGAUCACCAGCACUACCAGCAGCAGCACCAUGGCAACCAAGAGACCAGGGGAGAAGACCUCUUCGGCAGCAGGACCCACAGACACCAGGCAGUCUGAGGCAGAGAUACAGGAGACACUGGUGUACAUGCAGUGCUGUGGACAGGAAGCCCCUAACAUGACAGAGAGCAACGGCCAUAGGAACGUUAUGACUAGGAACCAUCAGGUCCCGGUCUUCGUGCCCCGGGGGAGGGCUGAGGGGGGCUGGACCCACCCCUCAGCUCCUCAGCAGACUACAACUCCCACAGUGCCCUCCUGCCCUGUGUCUGCCCCUUACAGUUUCCGGAGCCCAGAGUCGGUGGAGAUGGAUGAGAUCAUGGCAGCCAUGGUUCUGACCAGUAUGUCCUGCAGCCCUGUGGUCCAGAGCUCUCCUCAGAGUCAGAAUGACCCUGUACCAGGUCCAUCAUCAGGGGGCAGAGACAUGGAGUGUGGGAGCGGAGACUUGGAGUGUGGGAGCGGAGACAUGGAGUGUGGGGGCGGAGACAUGGAGUGUGGGGGCGGAGACAUGGAGUGUGGGGGCGGAGACAUGGAGUGUGGGGGUGGGGAGCUGUCUGACAGCGGCAGCAGUGGCUACUGGAGCCGGGACCACGACAACGUUAGUCCCGUCCUGUCCCUGUCCGUCAUGGAGAUGGACAGCAGCCCCGACGAAGGACUGCACACGGCGCUGGAGCAGGGUGUGGAGCUAAAUGUAGCCAAGAGGUCAAAGAGUUCUUUCAGAGGAGCAUACAGGUGUCUGUGGCCCAGCUGUGGCAAGGUGCUCACGUCUUCAGUUGGGAUGAAGAGACAUGUCCGUGUGCUGCACCUGGGCAGUGCAUCGGAGCAGUCCCACAGAGAGGAGGAUUUCUACUACACUGACUUCUCCUGCAGAGCUCCUCCAGCCCUCGUCCCGGCCUCUCACGUCCCAUGGGCGUCCUGCGGCUCCCCUCCAGGCCCUGGUCCAGGUUCCGGUCUCCAGAUCCCCUCCUCUACCUCGUCCUCACCCUCAGGGUCCGGCAGCUCCAGGCCCAGCUCAGGCCCAGGGUCAACCCCAGGGUCAAGCAGCUCCAAGCCCAGCUCAGGCCCAGGGUCAACCCCAGGGUCAGGCAGCUCCAGGCCCAGCUCAGGCCCAGGGUCAACCCCAGGGUCAAGCAGCUCCAGGCCCAGCUCCAGGCCCAGCUCAAGCCCAGGGUCAACCCCAGGGUCAGGCAGCUCCAGGCCCAGCUCCAGGCACAGCUCAGGCCCAGGGUCAACCCCAGGGUCAGCUCCAGACCAGCCCAGCCCUCUCAGCCAGUCUGCCCCCAGUUCCUUUUCGCAGAUACAGACAGACCACCUGUAUCAGGCCUGCGCUCCCCUCCAGGUGACGGUGUCCUGUCACAACCCCGCCCCCUGUUGUUGGACCCCUCCCCCUCUCACCGUCUCUAACCAGCCCAGUCACCACAACUCCCAGGUGGUGAGGGGUCGCUGCAGGUCUGUGAGUGUGGGAGAACAGUGGCUUCAACAGAACAGCACCACCAACAGGCUAACCCCCAUGAGAGCAGCCUCCCCGUCACGCUCUCACUGCUCCUUCAGGAAGGGACGAGGGGAAGCCAAGAAGUGUCGUAAGGUGUACGGAGUGGAGCGCAAGGAGCAGUGGUGCACGGCCUGUCGCUGGAAGAAAGCAUGCCAGCGCUUCCCAGACUAAACGAGCGCGCGAACGUCGGCUGAUGAAAAAAAAGAGAGGACACGAUCACAACCAGGGCCUGUUUGCCAUCAUGAACAACAAAUUCCUUUUUUUUCUACCUUGUUUCCCCCCCCCCCUCAAGGAAUAAAGUGAUUUGUGUAUUUUUUGUUGUAAACGUUGACCUGAGCAGUGAGUCAGUGUGUGAUGUUAGCUAGUAGUUGAGGCUGUGUUAUGACGUGGUAGGCCUACAAUGUUCGUCCUUCCUAGCCUGGUCCCAGACCUGUUGGUGCUGUGUAGCAUGACAACGACCAUAGGAGUUAGCUAUACACAGGGACCGAACUUUUUGGGGUACUGGCUUGUAACCCUGGGUAACAAUCGGCUCAAAAGUCUGUGCCAUGCGAUAUUUCUAAGGACAAACUUAAGACCGUCCUGGCGGGCUAGUGUGGCACGUUUUCUACUAGCCUGAUCUGAAAAGUACUAGCCCGAUCUGAAAAGUACUAGCCCGAUCUGAAAAGUACUAGCCCGAUCUGAAAAGUACUAGCCCGAGCUGGCGGGCUGGUUUAGUUUCCAUCCCUGGUUGAACAAGGCACUUCAUCCUUAACUGUUCUCCAACUUCUUCUUCACAAACAGAUCUGGCCCCAGGAUAUUUCUACCUCCCACUGAGACAUGUCUCUCCUCACCUCUCACGUCUCUCCUCACCUCCCACUGAGACACGUCUCUCCUCACCUCCCACUGAGACACGUCUCUCCUCACCUCCCACUGAGACAUGUCUCUCCUCACCUCCCACUGAGACACGUCUCUCCUCACCUCCCACUGAGACACGUCUCUCCUCACCUCUCACUGAGACACGUCUCUCCUCACCUCCCACUGAGACACGUCUCUCCUCAUCUCCCACUGAGACAUGUCUCUCCUCAUCUCCCACUGAGACAUGUCUCUCCUCACCUCCCACUGAGACAUGUCUCUCCUCACCUCCCACUGAGACAUGUCUCUCCUCACCUCCCACUGAGACAUGUCUCUCCUCACCUCCCACUGAGACAUGUCUCUCCUCACCUCCCACUGAGACAUGUCUCUCCUCACCUCCCACUGAGACAUGUCUCUCCUCACCUCCCACUGAGACACGUCUCUCCUCAUCUCCCACUGAGACAUGUCUCUCCUCACCUCUCAUGUCUCUCCUCAUCUCCCACUGAGACAUGUGUCUCCCCACCUCCCACUGAGACAUGUCUCUCCCCACCUCCCACUGAGACAUGUGUCUCCCUACCUCCCACUGAGACAUGUCUCUCCUCAUCUCUCAUGUCUCUCCUCACCUCCCACUGAGACACGUCUCUCCUCACCUCUCAUGUCUCUCCUCACCUCCCACUGAGACAUGUCUCUCCUCACCUCUCAUGUCUCUCCUCAUCUCCCACUGAGACAUGUCUCUCCUCACCUCUCAUGUCUCUCCUCAUCUCCCACUGAGACAUGUCUCUCCUCACCUCUCAUGUCUCUCCUCACCUCCCACUGAGACAUGUCUCUCCUCACCUCUCAUGUCUCUCCUCAUCUCCCACUGAGACACGUCUCUCCUCACCUCCCACUGAGACAUGUCUCUCCUCACCUCCCACUGAGACACGUCUCUCCUCAUCUCCCACUGAGACACGUCUCUCCUCAUCUCCCACUGAGACAUGUCUCUCCUCACCUUCCACAGUAUUGUACCUCUCUUCUUCUUUAAUCUCCUCCUCCAACACGUCAUUCUUCCCUGUGGUGUCUACAGAAGCUAUGGAAUACCUAUACCUCUAUGUGAUGUGCUAUCUAUGAGAUCUUCUUAUGGACUAUUUUGUAUUUUUGUGUUUUUUUUAUUGUUAUAUAAAGAGUUUAAUGUCAUGUUUUGGCACAUUUUAUUUAUUUAUUUUACAAGGAUAAUGAUGAAUGAGCUACAUUUGGUUUGACUCGUUGUGGUUUGAAUCGAAUCAGUUUCUUCCAUACUGUAUUUUACCCUUCCCCGUCUUGGUGAACACUGUUAUGGUCUGUUUAAGACAGUGUUAUGGUCUGUAUAAGACAGUGUUAUGGUCUGUAUAAGACAGUGUUAUGGUCUGUAUAAGACAGUGUUAUGGUCCUGACUGUAUAAGACAGUGUUAUGGUCUGUAUAAGACAGUGUUAUGGUCCUGACUGUAUAAGACAGUGUUAUGGUCUGUAUAAGACAGUGUUAUGGUCUGUAUAAGACAGUGUUAUGGUCUGUAUAAGACAGUGUUAUGGUCUGUAUAAGACAGUGUUAUGGUCUGUAUAAGACAGUGUUAUGGUCUGUAUAAGACAGUGUUAUGGUCCUGACUGUAUAAGACAGUGUUAUGGUCUGUAUAAGACAGUGUUAUGGUCCUGACUGUAUAAGACAGUGUUAUGGUCUGUAUAAGACAGUGUUAUGGUCUGUAUAAGACAGUGUUAUGGUCUGUAUAAGACAGUGUUAUGGUCUGUAUAAGACAGUGUUAUGGUCUGUAUAAGACAGUGUUAUGGUCUGUAUAAGACAGUGUUAUGGCCCUGUCUGUAUAAGACAGUGUUAUGGUCUGUUUAAGACAGUGUUAUGGUCUGUAUAAGACAGUGUUAUGGUCUGUAUAAGACAGUGUUAUGGUCCUGACUGUAUAAGACAGUGUUAUGGUCUGUAUAAGACAGUGUUAUGGUCUGUAUAAGACAGUGUUAUGGUCCUGACUGUAUAAGACAGUGUUAUGGUCUGUAUAAGACAGUGUUAUGGUCUGUAUAAGACAGUGUUAUGGUCUGUAUAAGACAGUGUUAUGGUCUGUAUAAGACAGUGUUAUGGUCUGUAUAAGACAGUGUUAUGGUCUGUAUAAGACAGUGGUAUGGUCUGUAUAAGACAGUGUUAUGAUCCUGACUGUAUAAGACAGUGUUAUGGUCUGUAUAAGACAGUGUUAUGGUCCUGACUGUAUAAGACAGUGUUAUGGUCUGUAUAAGACUGUGUUAUGGUCUGUAUAAGACAGUGUUAUGGGGAUCAGGCAAUGAUAGACUGCAAUUUUUAAUAUCCUUCUAAUGACAGAAGAAACAAUGUCUAAAGUUAUUAAAAACACAGUUAAAAUAAAGUAAAUAAUAAAUAAAUAAAUAAAAAACAGAAUA